UGGCGACCCGAUCCAAAGAAAAGACAAAAGCAAUUAAAUAGUAAAAACCAUUUAUCAUUAGAUUCAUAUCAACAAAGAUUAUAAACAAAAGCGAGAGAAAAUUUCAAAACUUGUACUGCACCAAAAAAACUGUAAACUUGUUCAGUUUAGUUUAGAGAGAGAGAGCGAAAGAUGAGAAGAGCAAGAACAAGGGAGGGGUCGCUGAAGCAAGCCGCAAUUGUGAUGAGUGCGCUUGCUUUUGGUUGGUUAGCCAUCGAGCUAGCUUUCAAGCCUUGGCUCGACAAGGCUCGAGCUGCUUUGGACAAAUCUGACCCUGCCUAUGACCCUGACAUCAAUGACGCCGUUUCGCCUGAUACCCAAGCCGCCGGCUCUGCUGAUGAAGACUGAAAUUUGGCUAUCAGCUUCAGCGGUAGGGUUUCUAGUUUCUCUUUUUCGGGCCUUUUCGUUGGCCCUUUUGCAGCUGAUUUAAUUUUUUCCCUUUAAUUUUAAAAUUAUGUGUACUCUGUGACAUUAUUGUCCAAAAUAAUUAAUAUUAGUAGUAUUAGCAAGUUAGAAACCACUUUCUUUUACCUUUUA